ACAUCAUUUACCAUUAGUAGACAUCAUCCACAAUCACUAGACAUUAUUCACCAUCUGAGUAGACAUCAUUCACUGUCAAUAGAUAUCAUUCACCAUCAGUGGACAUCAUUCACCGUCAGUAGACAUCAUUCACCAUCAGUAGACAUCAUUCACCAUCAGUAGACAUCAUUCACUGUCAAUAGACACCAUUCAUCAUCAGUGGACAUCAUUCACCGUCAGUAGACAUCAUUCACCAUCAGUAGACAUUAUUCACCAUCAUUAGACAUCAUUCACCGUCAGUAGACAUUAUUCACCAUCAGUAGACAUCAUUCACCGUCAGUAGACAUCAUUCACUGUCACUUGACAUCACUCACUAUUAAUUUUGAGACAUCAUCCACAAUCACUAGACAUUAUUCACCAUCAAUGAUAUCAUUUUACCAUCUACAGACAUCAUUCGCCAUCAGUAGACAUCAUUCACCGUCACUAGACAUCAUUCACCAUUACUAGAUAUCAUUCACCAUAGUAGACAUAAUUCACAAUCACUAGACGUUAUUCACCAUCUAAAGACAUCAUUCACCAUCACCAGACAUCAUUCACCAUCAGUAGACAUCAUUCACCAUCAGUAGACAUCAUUCACUAUCAGUAGACAUUAUUCACUGUCACUUGACAUCAUUCACUAUCUGAGACAUCAUCCACAAUCACCAGGCAUUAUUCACCACCGGUAGACAUCGUUUACUGUCAAUAGACAUCAUUCACCAUCGGUAGACAUUUUUCAACAUCAGUAGACAUCAUUCACCAUCACUAGACAUCAUUCACCAUCAGUAGACACCAUCGACAAUCACUAGACGUUAUUCACCAUCAGUAGACAUCAUUCACCAUCAAUAGACAUCAUUCACCAUCAGUGGACAUCAUCUACCAUCAGUAGACAUCAUUCACCGUCAAUAGACAUCAUCCACAAUCACUCGAUAUUAUUCACCGUCAGUGAACAUCAUUCACCAUCAGUAGACAUCAUUUACCAUCUGUACACACCAUUCACAAUCACUGGACAUCAUUCACCGUCAAUAGACAUCAUUUACCGUCAGUGGACAUCAUUGACCGUCAGUACACAUCAUUCACCAUCAGUAGACAUCGUUCACGAUCAGUAGACAUCAUUCAUCAUCAGUAGACAUCAUUCACCAUCAGUACACAUCAUCCACAAUCACUAGACAUUAUUCACCGUCAGUGAACACCAUUCACCAUCUGUAGACACCAUUCACAAUCACUAGACAUCAUUCACCAUCAGUAGACGUCAUUCACAAUCACGAGACAGUAUUCACCAUCUGGAGACAUCAUUCACCAUCACUAGACAUCAUUCAUCAUUACUAGAUAUCAUUCACCACAGUAGACAUAAUUCACAAUCACUAGACGUUAUUCACCAUCUAAAGACAUCAUUCACCAUCACCAGACAUCAUUCACCAUCAGUAGACAUCAUUCACCAUCAGUAGACAUCAUUCACUAUCAGUAGACAUCAUUCACUAUCUGAGACAUCAUCCACAAUCACCAGGCAUUAUUCACCAUCGGUAGACAUCGUUUACUGUCAAUAGACAUCAUUCACCAUCGGUAGACAUUUUUCAACAUCAGUAGACAUCAUUCACCAUCACUAGACAUCAUUCACCAUCAGUAGACACCAUCGACAAUCACUAGACGUUAUUCACCAUCAGUAGACAUCAUUCACCAUCAGUGGACAUCAUCUACCAUCAGUAGACAUCAUUCACCGUCAAUAGACAUCAUCUACAAUCACUCGAUAUUAUUAACUGUCAGUGAACAUCAUUCACCAUCAGUAGACAUCAUUUACCAUCUGUACACACCAUUCACAAUCACUGGACAUCAUUCACCGUCAAAAGACAUCAUUUACCGUCAGUGGACAUCAUUGACCGUCAGUACACAUCAUUCACCAUCAGUAGACAUCGUUCACGAUCAGUAG